AUGUAUAAACCCAUUUUCUCAAUUACUUUUAUCUAUAUUCUUCUUUUCGUGACACUCGUUACAGCAGCUCCACUAGAAUCAAAUAGCGGAAAACACAAUGGCAAGAGAAACGUCGCAAGCUCUAAUAGCAAUGAGAACGGUGGAAACAUUAAUGGUAAUUUCAGUAUUGGAAACAAUAACGGAACUUAUGACGACAUUCUCAACAAUAGUAGCUAUAACGGAAGCAUUAAAAGAAGGCAUCAUAAUUGUUUAAACAAAAGAGAUUAUAAUGAUUAUAAUGACAACGAUACUUCAAUGCUGAUGAUUAUAAUGGAAAUAAUAAAAGAUGUUAUAGUUCUAUGGAGGCAUAAUUAUUGA